AAUGUUUGCGAGGCAUUUUGGCGCAGUGAAGGACGAACAUCGCCUAUAAAUAAAUAUAAAACAGCGAGGAGAAACGAAGUAGAGGAAGAGCGGCGAUACCUGAAGGGCCUCCGUAAUAGACAUAUAUGUGCGCGAGGAGAAUGGUGAUGGUGAAGGAGGAGAUGCGAAGGGGACCGUGGACGGAGCAGGAGGACCUGCAACUGGCAUGGUUUGCGGCCUUGUUCGGUGAACGUCGUUGGGAUUUCAUAGCCAAAGUCUCAGGUCUCAACAGAACGGGAAAGAGUUGCAGGAUGCGGUGGGUUAAUUACCUGCACCCCAGUCUCAAACACGGCCGCAUGACCCCCCAAGAAGAGUGCCUCAUUCUCGAGCUCCAUUCUCGCUGGGGAAACAGGUGGUCUCGAAUCGCACGUAAGCUUCCCGGCCGCACGGAUAACGAGAUCAAGAACUACUGGAGGACUCACAUGAGGAAGAGGGCACAAGAAGAGAAGAGAAGCUUCUCGCCUUCGAGGACGACGACGUCGACGUCGCCUGCUGAUGAUUUCCCGAUUGGAAGUGAACCGCGAGCGGAGGCUGCGGCGGGUUGUCAGCUCAGCAGCAGCUGCAUGAGUCUGGGGCUCGAUGAGGACAGCCAGGGUGCGGAUUGGUGCUCCAUGGAUCAGGCGUGGAACGAGAUGGCCAUGCCUGAAGCAAUCGAUGGACGAAGUUUCGAGGAUUGCAGGGAGAGUACUACUACUGCAUGGCCCUCGUCGAUGCCGUCUCCUCCUAUGUGGGAAUGCUGCACUGCCUCGCUGUGGAAGACGGAUGAGGAGGAGGAGGAGGAGCUCAACGGUGCAGCAUUUGGUUUAUGACUACCAUCACACGAGGUUUAACCAUGGAUCGGAUCCAUAUUUUUCUUAAUCUGUUCUCCGAGACACAUCACAGUAGUAGUAGUAGUAGAAUAAGAAGAUAAUAGACGAUCGCAGCCUCCAUCGGAUGGAAUUGUACUGUAGGAUAGUGCGAAGGCCCCCCCCUCAAUGCCAUAAUCCAUAAAAGGAUUGGAAUUCCAGAUUCUA